AUGUCGCACGCGACGUACCAAAACAAAUGGGUGGAGUGCAUGCAGGAGCUCAUGGAGCAGGUGCAAAUUGAGUACCUGCCCGUGGAUGCGAAGGAGAACGGGCAGCACUUCGAACCAGGGUUCCAGCACUUCGCACUCCUGUACAUCAAGUACUUGCAGAUCUACAGGAAGCUAGAGGAGUGCCACGACCAGAUGGUGCACCCGCAAAAGCGCGGCAGCAUCAAGAAGGUCUUGAAGAGCACCAUCAUCCGAAUCCUGGAACUCAAGGAGCAGCUCAUCACCUUCAACCUCCGGCCUCUCAACCGCUUCGUCGCCCUCGACGAGGUGCUAACGGACCUCAAGCUCAACCCGGAGACCGUAGAGUGGAAGGUGCCCCGCUACUUCCUGGAUGGCAAGGAGUGCCGUGAGGAGAUCGAGGACAAGCAGCACAAGAUCGACCACUGGCUGGGCGUCUUCGGCAUGUCUCUCGAUCCCGACGACCUGCUGGACAAGAAGGACCCCUUUGAGGUCGGGUUGACGACGGAUCAGGCGGUCGCCAUCAUCCAGAAAAACGAGCGGGGGCGCAUGAACAUUGUGAAAGCUGAUCACCGGGUACAGUUCUUCAAGGCGUCCCGGAAGGAAGCAUCAAAGAAGCAGGAGAAGGAGGCCACGGAGGAUCCGCUGGAGAGCCAGGUCCUGGCUGCCACGCGCAUCGCGGCCCACUGGAAGCGAAAAGUGGACCGGCGACGCUUCCUGAAGAUGCGCGAGGAAGAGUUUGAGUUCCUUGGCAUGGCGCCCCCCAAGAAGGACAAGGGGGAGACAGACGUCAUCACGGAGAUGGAGAAGCACCGCGAGACGAGGAAGAAGAUGCAGGAGGACGCCGACGACGUCUUUGAGAAGGCCCUCAAAGAGCAGCUGGAGUGGCUCCAGAAGAAGAAAGGGGCCGACAUCAAGGCCGAGCUGCUGGAAGAGCGGCGGCAGUGGAUCCUCGACUACUGCCAGGACCCUGAGCACCAGAAGGAGUUUCCCGAGAAGUUGGGGGCCCCGGAGCUAGGAGAGGGGCGCAGAAGUGAGUGCGCUCAGGAGCCACAGUAA